AUGAAUCAGCUUCGGCAGCACAUCAACGUACUGGGGCUGCAGAUAAAGCAGAUGCAAGCUCAAACGGAUCGGGUGAAGGUGUCGCUUGCCCGGAAGUGGAAACAGGCUGGACCUCUUUCCAGCCGCACAAGGCGUCAGCGAUAG